AUGGAUUUAAAGUCAAAUGAAAAAGAUGCCCAAGAGUCUUCUGACUUAUCUCCUAUAGGAGAAGUAGAAUAUGAAAGAGAAUCCCCGAUUGUCUCUCAUCACUCUAAUACCCCUUCCAUUGAUAUCCGAAGCGAUCUUUCCUCUGAGACUAAUAUUUUGACUAACUUGUUUGAAACGAAAUUUGACCAUGAAUCAGAUUCAAACUCAGAGUCCCCUCAAAAUCCAAAGAAGAUGCUGACUCUGCCAAAUAUUUCCCUUAAGGAAGGUACAAAGUCUAGGUUCAUGGAGACUCUCCAGCUGAAAUUAUUUCAGUCUGAGAACACAGUGCGUCAGCUGGUAGUAUCAGAACUAAAAACAUUUCUGAAAAGAGAAGAACAAUAUAAAUUUAAAUUAGAUAAAUUAUACCAAGAUUAUCAUAUGUUCUUGAAGAGGUUUACAGAAAUCGAAUUUGUGAAUGACAAAGGCCCCCUUGCAGUUAAGAUCUCACAGGUUUCAAGUAGACUAGAUGACUCAGAGCUGGACAGAACGCAGAAGGAGAGUGAUCUCUCUGAGAAUGUCGCUAAUCUUAAAUAAAGAUAUGGGUAAUUGCCUAAUCAAUAUUACCAGAUUGAUCGAUACGACUAAUGCUUAUGGCAGACAAUUGACAGAUAAAAUCAACGAUACUAUUGAUAUAAAAUCAAACUGAGAGAACAGUUAUAGUGACUGAUUAGUUAGAAUUAAUCAGAUGAAGGUUGAUCAGGAGAGAAUGAUCAAAGAAAAUCAAGAGAAUUGGGAAAAUAUGCAAAAGACUCUAAAUGAAGAGAUUGAGAAAAUAAGCAUAAUGGAUGCUGAUAUUCAGACAGCUAAGAGCUAUUAUUCCAAAGGACAGGCCAUCUACAAAUCAUUAUCAGAAAGAAUCAACUCUAAAUGUGAUGUCGAAUAUGUAAAUCAAGAGACAAGCAAGCUCAAAGUUCUAGUAGAUUCAAAAGACAGCAAUGUCAAUGUAAUCAAUAGAAAAAUGAACAUGAUCUCCAACAAGGUCGAUAAAUAUGACGAUAUUAUUAAAGAGCUACAGCAAAAGAUUGAAAAUAUCAAUCUUAAGUCUAAUAUCUCUCAGGAGGCAAAGCCAUCUCCUUCGAUACCACCCCUAAGCUCUAAGAUACCCGAACAGAAAAAUUUACACCGGAUGGCAUCAAUGAACGUGCAUGCGGGUAGUUUCAAGCGUCAAAAGCCAAAUAGGAAGGAUUAUAGCAAUCCCUAUCUCCAAAAUCCCGAUAUUCCAGAGGGAGAAUCAGGCAGCGGUGAUGAGAAAGAGGAUGGAUUUACAGACCAGUCAGAAGUCGGGUCUCCUUUAAAAAGAGGAGAACAACGUCAAAAAUUUACUUUCAAGAUUCAAAAAGCUGAAGAAUCUAAAAAUUCAAUUGAAAGCGAAAGUUACUGCCCAGACAUGUCAGAUAGCGAAGAAAGGGAUCUGGUAAAGAAGACCAGCCAGAACAACCUGGAGGAGAUACAGGAAUUGAAUGAAGAUAAAGGCGAAGAGAAUGCAAAGGAAGAAGAAAUGUCUGAAGAUUUUUUUCAUGAGAAAGAUAUAAAUAAUGACCAAUCUGAUGAGAGCUAUGUUACAAGAAAAGAGGAAGAAAAGAAGGAGGCAAGGCAAAGUGAAGAGGGGAAUAAGAAAGAGAAGGAAGAUAAGCAGGAAGAGAAAGAGGAUUUGAAAAGUAAUAGGAAUUUUAGAAAAGGAAAUAUUGGAGAGGAGAAAAAUUUUUCUGAAGAGGUUGCAAAGGUUCAUGAGCUUCAAGAGCUUAAGAUUAAGAAGAAAGAGGACAAGCAACAGUCAUUUAAGAUAACACCCAUUGUGAUUCCUUCUCCAUCAACUUCUUCCCAAAAUCAGCCGACUAAAAUUGAAGAUUUCAGACAAAAGAACUUUUUACAAAUAUCAAAACCUGCCAAACCCAAAGCACCUCAAAUCUCUCAUCUCCAAGACCCAAAGGUGACUCCGGUGAUAAAAAUGUCUGAGAUCCCUAACUCCAGCUCGGAGAGUCCAACCAGUAGUAUAAAAAUGAUGAGUCCUGAGGAAAGGCUCGUACCUGAAGGAGUGCUCUUGACUCAAUCCAACUCUAUAUUCAAGGACAAGAGCAACUCCCCUGAUAACUCAGGAAGGCCAGGUCGCAAGUAUAGUUAUAGAGAAGUUAAGCUAGACUUCUCCUCUUCCUCGUUAAGAGGCAGCCAGGAGAAGCCUCUGGGGUUCUUUAAGCACGAAAUGGCUAGUUUCUUUGAGAAAUUUGUAGCCAAAAAGUUGGAUUUAAAGGUAAAUUUUGAAGAUUUUGAGAGAAUUGAGAAGAAAGUUGAGGAUUUGUGAGACAAAAUGAGACAGGUUGAGGAAAUAGGGAUUUUUAAGUUGAGGGAUGUGGUACAGAAUGCUCCGGCGAAUGAAAAGAGGUAUAACAAGUUGGAAGGUGAGAUGGAUAAGAUGUAUGAGCUAGCGAAUGUUUAUGAAGCUGAGGUUAAGAGGAGUAGGAGGGAUAAGAGUGAUCAAAUUAAGUGGAAUGCAGAUUCACAACAGAGAUUUGAAGAUUUGGAUAUGAGAGUUGAAAUUUUAUCGAAUACUAUUAAUAAAGAUAUUGAUACAAAAAUCAUCAAUCUUGAGUCUUUUUGUAAAUUCCAGAUCUGACUCAAUAACUAUCCGACAAAUAGCACCAAUAAUAUCUAUAACUCCAGCUCAAACGUUAACAUUCAAGUUCAAAAACAGCAUGAUCCAGUAUCAAGCACAAUGAAAAACUUUAACAAAAUGUCUAGAAUAAAUCGAGGCAAUAAGCUAUCUGGAGGAAGGCCAAAGACGUCUAAAUUAGGUGAGAGUACUGAACUAAUCGUAAAUGUCCCCUGAAGUUUCCAAAAUCCCUCAAACAUUAGUGAAGAAAUUAUCUCUGAAAUCGAUCUAAAUGCUGAACAAAUCGUUAUGAAGUACGAUAAAUUCAAGUUCGACCAUAAAUAUUUUACUAAACCAGAAAUCAUGCUCAAGCAAGAGAAGUGCCUCGGAGUUUUCUUGGACAAAAAUGAGUUUUUAACUUCUCAGAAACGAAUUAAUAAUGCUCAUGAUUUGAAAAAUUAUUUUGAAAGCCAAGAGGAAGAUUCAGCUGAAGAUAGAAAUGAUAUAUUUCUGGUCAAAGAGCCUUAUACAAGAAAUCUGAAGAAUGCUCAAGAUCUCACACACAGUGUGAAACCUUUCCCAGACAUUUCGGUUCAUAGUAUGAGACAAAGGAGUGUAGAGCAAGUUGAAAAUACAAAACAUCUACUUCAAAUUAAUGGAAGGGAAGAGACCAAGGAUCAUCAGUUCUCCAACAACGAUAUUAAAAUAUUCACUAAGAAAAAAGGCAAAAAUAAGAUGAACAUAGCUAAAAACAACCAGAGUGCUUUUAAGAGCAGGCUUAAUAGGCUCAGGAAUCAGACUAAUUCAGCAGAGAGAAUUACGAACAUAACUGCAAUGACUCCAUCUACAGAUAAUAAUAUGCUAAACACGAGUAUGAAGAGGACAAAUAUGAAUCUGAAGCUACAGAAAUUAGUGAUUAAGUAGUAUCUCCAAUA